AAAGAGUAGUCGCGUGGUCGUCGCUACGUAGAAUAUUAGUAGGUAGUGGUAAUGGUACGCUCUCAGCAGUCAGCUCUCAGUGCCCAACUAGUAAUCUAGUCGCAGUCGGCGAAUGAGACCGCGUAUUCAAGUGAACGCUGCGUACCUAGAUACUAAUAAACAUUAAUAAAUGGCAAAAAUAAACGGAGAUCUUAAUAAGGAACGUGAGAGAUGCAGUUUCAAUAUCAGCGAGUUGACGAUCCUGAUGGACGGUGGUCCAGAAAAGACGAAAGAAAGGAGAGAACGAGAGAAUAUAAUGAUAAGCAAAAAAAAUUUUUAUGACGGUAUCCCGGAGGAGUAUCUGAGCUAUAAGGAAAAAUAUGAGCAAGCUGUUAAAAAGUCAGUUAUUGUCUUUGGCCUGGUGCGGCGACUGCAGGAGGAGGGGAAAACUACUAUUCACAAUUACAGGGACGUGUUGGCAAAUCUCCUCCGUGCAUCCGAUGUGUCCACCGGAUUUCCUCUGGCCUUGCAUUACAUCAUGUUCAUGCCAGCGAUUAUAAACCAGGGCACCAAGGAGCAGCAGGCGCAGUGGCUGCCCAGGGCGUGGGACUGUAACAUCAUCGGCAGCUAUGCCCAAACGGAGCUGGGUCACGGUACAUUUAUCCGCGGCUUGGAGACGACUGCAACUUACGAUCCAAUCAGCGAGGAGUUCGUGCUUAACAGCCCUACGCUCACUUCUUACAAGUGGUGGGGCGGUGGAUUGGGACAAACAGCGAACUAUAGCAUCGUAGUGGCACAACUGUACACCAAAGGAGAAUGUCACGGAGUCCACUCGUUCAUAGUUCAAGUUCGAGAUGAAGAAUCCCAUAUGCCUCUCCCUGGUAUUAAGAUUGGUGACAUCGGUUCCAAGUUCGCUCUGAAUGGAAUAAACAACGGGUUUUUAGGGUUCGAUCACUACAGGAUACCCCGGAAUCAGAUGCUGAUGAAACACGCACAGGUUUUAGAGGAUGGCACAUACGUAAAAUCACGUAACAGCAAACUGAACUAUGGUGCCAUGGUGUUCGUCAGAGUGGUCAUAGCUUUUGACAUGGUGAAUUAUUUAAGCAAAGCGGUCACAAUAGCUGUCAGAUAUUCUGCGGUUCGCAGACAAUGCCAGAGAAAAGCUGGUGAACCAGAAAGUCAAAUCCUAGACUAUUUGACACAACAGCACAAACUAUUUCCCGCUUUAGCCGCUUGUUACGCGAUGAAGAUAACUGCAAGCAAGCUGUGGGACACCUUCAAUACUGUGAACGAAGAACUGCUCGCUGGUAAUUUGGAGAGGCUACCCGAGAUCCAUGCCCUGGCCUGCUGUCUGAAAGCCAUAAGCACGUCAGACACGGCUAGCUUCAUAGAGACAUGUAGGCUGGCGUGUGGCGGCCACGGGUACAUGCACUCCUCUAACCUGCCUUCUACGUAUGGCAACGCUGUAGCUGCGUGCACCUAUGAGGGAGAUAAUACUGUGCUGUUGCUGCAGACUGCCAGGUUCUUAGCAAAAACGUGGCAAGAAAUAGAGAAUGACGGCGGAAAACUAACACCAACAGUAGAAUACUUGAGAACUGCCAAAGUUAGGGGUUACUCUCAUAAAUGGGUGAACUCGGUCGAAAAUAUCGUUUAUGGAUUCCAAGUUGUUUGUAUGAGGAAAAUUGCCACAUGCGUUCAAGACAUGCAAAGGAGGGUUGCCUCCGGUCUAACAUUCGAAGAUGCAUGGAACUUAUCAUCCGUCCAGUUGGUCGCUGCUGCGGAGGCACAUUGUAGAGUAAUAAUACUGUCGACAUUUAGCAGUGAAAUCAGAGGAAUGACGGAAACAACAUCACCAGAAUUAAAACAAGUAUUAAAUCAAGUUGUGGAACUGUAUUCAGUGUACUGGGCAUUGGAGAGACUCAGCGAUUUACUACAGUACACGACAAUAAAUCAAAAAGAUGUGGAUAGUUUGCGAGUGUGGUAUGAAGAGUUACUCGCACAGCUGCGGCCGAACGCUGUGGGUUUGGUAGAUGCGUUUGAUCUCAAAGAUGAGAUGCUACAAUCGACACUGGGUUCCUAUGACGGACGUGCCUACGAGAGGCUGAUGGAAGAAGCUCUCAAGAGCCCUCUCAACGCUGAACCGGUCAACCACACCUUCCACAAGUAUCUGAAACCCUUCCUGCGGGGGAAACUGUGAUAUUAGAUUAACAUUAGUUUAAGUAAUUAAAAUAAAUUAAAUGUAAAGCUAUGGUAGGUAUAAGGUAUAAUAAAAUAAAU